AUGACCAACCUCGGCGGCCCGGGGUUCCCCGGCGCGCGCGGGCCGGGAGGUUUCGGCGUUGAGAAGGUGUUCCCGGUGGUGCGUCUGCGCGGGCUCCCGUUCAACGCGUCCGAGUACGACGUCCAGGAGUUUUUUCAAGGGCUCGAGCCCGUGGACGUGCUGAUCGUCCGACGGGACGGCCGCGCGACCGGUGAGGCGUACGUCGUCCUCGCGAACCAGAUGCUCAUGGAGGUUGCGCUGCAGAAAAACCGCGGCCCGAUGGGACGGCGGUACAUCGAAGUCUUCCGCAGUAAGAAGCAGGACUACUACCACGCGGUCUCGAUCGCGGUGAACGAGCCGGACUACGGCAACGGGAACGGCGGCCAGGGCGGCGGGUACUACGACAACGGCCCCCUCGCGGAGCACACCGGGGUUUUGAAACUGCGCGGACUGCCGUUCAGCGCGACGAAGGACGACAUCAUAACCUUCUUCGACGAUAAAUCCCUCGGGGUCUCGCCGCUCGUGCACGACAGCAUCCACAUCGUGUUGAGCGUGGACGGACGGCCGAGCGGCGUCGCGUUCGUCGAGUUCGUCUCCGCGGAGGACGCCAAGACGGCGAUGAUCAAAGAUCGCUCGAGCAUGGGGACGCGGUACGUGGAGUUGUUUCCGUCGUCGAGAGAGGAAGCGACGAGGGCGGCGACGAGCGGGCGCUGA